CUCAAAAUGCCCGGAAGUGUAUCUCUUAGAGGAGUCAUCGAGUAUUUUUAUCAAAACAGAAGCGAUUGUUUUAAAAGAGACAAGGCAAGAUGCUAGAGAAGCACAGGCACUUGUUGAUUAAGUUUAGGGGAGAAAUUGUGGAAGAUUUGUUAGUGGACGAUGUGCUUCCUUACCUGCGGAGCAAGUUUGUGCUAGACUCUGAGGACGCUGAGGUCAUUCGAAAGGAGCUUACUUCCAGAAGGCAAGCAGAAAAGCUUCUGGACAUUCUUUCAUCGAAAGGAUACAACACAUUUGAUCACUUUUUCACCGUUCUUAAAGAGAAAUACCAACAUCUCGCGCAACUUUUAUCGAGUGAUGAGAGUAGCGAGGAUGAAAACGGGUUUAAUCAUGUCACGGAAGAUAUCGACUCACCACUACAAUUGCAAAUGAUGACUCAGGACCAUGCUAAUCUCCUUAUUGCCAACCGGGUGGAAAUUGUUGAAGAUCUCUUGGUUGAUGAUGUACUUAACUUUCUUCAGAGUAAAAUGGUAUUUGAUGUUCAUGAUACUGAACUAAUCAGAGCAGAAGUGACAUCAAGAAGACAGGCAGGGAAGCUGCUAGACUUGUUGGAGACUAAAAAUGAUGCAGCCUUUUAUCAUUUCCGUAAGGCAUUGGAAGAACCUUAUCCUCACUUGGUGGAAUAUUUGCAAGAAAAUGCUGCUGCUCCAAGGAAAGUAUCAAAAGCUAAAGAGUUAUCAGAGAGAGUUGAAAAUGUCCUUCUAGAGGGUGGUGUGCCUCAGCGGCCAGCGAUUUUUGCCCACAGGGGAAGAGAUAUUCACAAAAUUCAUGCAGCAUUAAAGUCCCUAAAAGAGAGAGAUGGCUGGGUUAUUCUGCAUGGAAUGGCUGGCUGUGGAAAGACUGUCUUAGCCUCUGAAGCUCUUAGAAGUGCUGUUGUCUUGGAUGAGUGCUUCCCAGGUGGUGUUCACUGGAUACGAAUAGGCCCUGUAGAUCAACCUAAACUUCUCAUGCACAUGCAAAAUCUUUGUGCCAGACUUGAUUCUGAUCAUAAUCGACAACCUCCACGAAACACUGAAGAAGCUAAGGACAGGUUAAGGGUGCUCUUUGCCCACCAGCACCCUCGAUCAUUGCUAAUUCUUGAUGACCUUUGGGAUUCCUGCGAUGUGAAGUUCUUUGAUGUCCGUUGUCGUAUCAUGGUUACCACUCGUGAUGCAGCUAUCACAGACAUGGUGGGUGGGUCGAAAGCUAAAGUUCACAUUAGUGAGGGUUUUACAGAAGAUGAAUCACUUCAAAUUUUGGCUGAGUGGACAAAGCAGCUGCCCAAGACAAACCUCCCAGCUGAGGCAAAAGAAAUCUUUAAACUUACAAAUGGUUCUCCCUUAGCAAUAAGUAUGAUAGGUGCUCUGCUUCGAGAUCAUCCUACAAGAUGGGAAUAUUAUGUCAAACAACUGAAAAAGAAGAAUGUCAGUAAGCUUAAACCACAGUUUGAGUAUCAAUAUCCAACUUUGACAGAAGCAAUUCGCAUGAGCAUCAAUAACCUGCCUGAUGAACUAAGGGACAUUUAUGAAAGCUUCGCUGUGUUUCAUGAAGAUUGUAAAGUUCCUGCCCAGGUCCUCAUUAUACUGUGGAAUGAGGAGUUUGAAGUUGUGGAAGACUGGAUGGAAGACUUGGUGAACAAAUCCUUGGCGAGAAGAACAGUGGAUUCAGAAGAUGCAAUUGGUACAUGGUACACUGUGCAUAACUUGCAGCUAACUUUCCUUCAUGAACAGGCCACAAAUCUGGAAGCUCUGCACAAGAACCUGGUGGAUAGAUACAGAAAGGUGUAUAAAGGAAACUUUAGUGAGAUGAAAAAUGAUGGCUAUAUUUACCGGAAUCUUUUGCGACACAUGCUUAGAGCAGGUCUGAUAGAAGAGGCACAGCAACUUAUCACAGAUCUAAAAUGGCUGGCUGCUAAACUAGAUGUCACUGGACCCGCUGAUCUACUGAAUGACUAUUUAGCAGUCAAAGGACAUGAAGACAGCAAGGAACUGAAAGUCAUCAAUGAUUUCCACCAUUUUGUAAGUGUGAAUGCCCAUCGUUUUGUGGAGAAACCUCUUCCAGAUUUAAUCCAGAUGGGUCUUAGUGAAUCCAGAGACUCUGAAGUCUAUAAACAGGCAUAUGACAAAGCCAUUCAGCUGGGAGGGGAUGGCAAGUUUUAUCUUGAUUGGAGUAACCGUGCAGAAGAGUCUCAGGAUACACUUCUCAUAACAGUGAAAAUUCACCAAGGAGCAGUGUACUGUUGCAGUUUUUCACAGGAUGCGAGCAAAGUGGUGUCUUGUGGUGCUGACAAAACUGUAAAGGUUUGGGAGAGUCAAUCAGGCAAAGAGCUGCUGUCCAUGAUGGGCCAUACUGAUGUGGUAUACUGCUGUGCAUUCUCCACUAAUGAUGUCAGAAUUGUUUCAUGUUCUGCUGAUCACAGAGUCAAGAUUUGGGACAGCAGUAGCGGAAAAGAACUACUGACUUUCAGUGGCCACAACCAAGAAGUAUUCAAGUGCAUGUUUUCACCAGAUGACAAGAAAGUUGUUUCCUGCUCUGCUGACAAGACUGUCAAGGUGUGGAGUUGUGAAGGUGGCACAGAAUAUGUGAAUUUCACUGGUCAUGCAGAUAUUGUCCGCUGUUGUUGUUAUUCUCCUGAUGGUUCACAAAUUGUGUCUUGUUCUGAUGACACUCUUGUGAAGGUCUGGGAUUCAACAUCAGGACAAGAGUUGUUUACCCUUGAAGGAGGAACAACUAGUGCUGUGACAUUUUGCUGUUUCAAACCGACUUCACACAGUAUAGUUGGUGUUUCAGAUACUGUUGCUAAGAUUUGGGACUCGAAAACUGGUGAAGAAUUAAAGACCCUUUAUGCAUCUUCCACCCCUCUUUCACUGGCAUAUUCACAGGAUGAUAGUAUUUUAGCGGUGGGUCUGUCAGACACAACUGUACAGCUGUGGAAUACAGUCAAUGAAGGAAGCAUAGGUGUGUACCGAGGCCACUCAGGCUGGGUUCACUGUGUUGCCCUGUCACAGGAUGCCAGCAAGUUGGUUUCAUCCUCUGAUGAUGAAACUGUCAAGAUCUGGAAAGUUGACAACACCAAUGUUCAAGAGUGUAUGAAACUCAGAAUGGUGUUUGAUGUGAUGUUUAGAGGGGAUUCCCUGACUAUUGCCAUUACAGACACAUCCAACAGGCUGAUGAUAUUUGAAGGUGAAAACACCAAACUGUUGUCACAAAGUGUAGUUAACCAAAUAAAAAUCACAAGCAUUAGUUUUAACAGUGAUGGAAGUCUAGUCGCUACUGGCUUUGAUGAUGGAUGUGUGAAGAUUUUAGAGAAGUUAACAUGCAAAACAAUCCAAGAAUUCAAAGACCAUUGUGAUCGCAUUAGGUGGUGUGCAUUCAACAAGGGCUCUGAACUUUUAGUGUCAGUUUCAGAAGACAGCACUGCCAAGGUUUACAACUGUGUGGAGGGUACUUUGGCAUUCUCUUUGGAAGGUCAUAUUGCAAGGAUACAAAGAUGUAUGUUCUUCCAUCACAACCAACAGCUGGUGCUUACAGCUUCUCAGGAUGGGUCUCUUAAGGUUUGGAAUGUACAGAGUGGAUCUCUACAGUUUUCAUGCCAACACAGCAGUGAAGAGUAUGUUCUCUCCUGUGAUGUUUCUCAAGAUGACAAGAAAUUAUUGUCAGCUUCAGUGGAUAAAUAUGCUAAGGUUUGGGAUUCUUCCACCGGAGAGCUUUGUUGCUCUUUUGGGCCACACCCUGAUGUUGUGAGGUCUGCGUCAUUUUCACAAGACAACAGGUUUAUCUGCACAGGCUGCGAUGAUGGAACUGUCAGAGUAUGGAAUAUGUGUGAUGGUAACAAAGAACUUGCUGUUUGCAGUAAACAUGAUGCUUGGGUUGCCAACUGUUGGUUUUCAAGCAACAGUGACCUGUUGGUAUCUGUCAGCAACAAUAUAAAGUGGUGGAAAAGAGAUGGAACACUUUGUCAACAAUUUAACCUCAAAGGAACCCAAGCCAAAAGUAUCUACGUCUCUCCAGAUUUCUCCACUUUUGUAUCAGUGGACAACAUAGGGACAAUUUAUGUACUCAAAAGAAUCACUUAGGAGCUGACUAGAUACAUGUUACAACUUCCAGCAAGUGAACCAAGGUAGUACAGUGGUACAGAAUGGACAGAUUUUGCACUUCAGGGAAAUUAGAUUGAUUGUAAAUCUUUUCGCUGUUGAUGUAUGCCUGUGGAUGUUGAAAUGUGGAAUGCAAGUAACAGAGUUUGGUCUCAAACCGACUUUAUGAGAUCCAAAAAAAAUCUGAGGUUACAAGAACAUUUUUGAAGAGAUUUAAGUUGCACCUAACUGUAAUAGAUUUUAAACGUAUCUAUUGCUUAAAAUGUUAUUGUUUAGAGAAUUCAGAUUAAAAGUUUGUUUCAAUGUUUUCAAAACAUGAUUCUAUUCCUCAUGGGAACUCAGAAUUUUUUUCUUUGUCCCAUGCUUAUGACAAGGUGAUAAAACAUCUUUCUCUAUUUCUUAACCGAGCUUAACAACAAUAAUUCUAUUCAUAAGGCCAUUGCAUGUAACUUUUGUUAGAAGUUUACACCACAAAACUUAGUCAGUGCAUUCAGGUUAAGGUUAGUUUUAAAAGUCAGUAUUAGUUUUGAUUUAAAAUUAAUGCUGUCUGCAUUUCAGGCACCAGAUGGUGAGGUGUUUGUAAAAUCUUGAUGAUAGUUUUGCUAGUGUGUUAGCAAAGUUCAGACUUUUCAAAUUGCAGAAUGACAGAAUUAUUGUAAGGCUACAAGAUAAAUCAGAUAGAAUAGACAUUGGAAACUCCUUUGCAUUCUUAGCCAAGUUCUACUUUUUUGUAAAAUAACUACCAAAAGCCUAAGUUUGCCUUUAUCAAGCUGAAAAAUAGAGGUGGCAAAAUCAAAGCAAAAAGAAAUUUACAAUAGUAUAAAAAAAGCAUAUACCAGUAAAUGAAAAAUUAGUGUUGGAAGAUCCCCUUUAGCUUAAAUAUUUUUUUAAGGAUGGCAUGUGCAGUUUUGAUCCUUGUACUUCUACUGGUCUCUUUUUUAUGCUUGAAGCUUUCAAACUGUUGCACUCAUAAAUUCUGCAAUAAUUUUUUUGUACAAGCAAAUGCCAUUGCUCUCACUUUGUUGCCGUGUUAAAUUGCACUUACCAAUGAGAGGUGUAUGCAUUGUUUCAUUUCAUACAGUUUGCACCAUAAAACUUCUUAAGUUAAAAUAAAUUUUUAGAGAAUGUUAUUGUAGGUGAAGUAUUUGUACCAGUUCAUU